UGUCAAGUCAUGCGACCUUCAAGGCCUGCGCUUGUUCGGUUCACAUACCUACCUACCAAAGCUCGGUUCCAUGCUGGGACGAGACCUGUACAAGCGCUUUUGCCUCUCUGCUGAGAGCCUCUUCUACCGAUUCUCGAGAUUCUGCUCUUCAGCUCAUAGAAGCUAAGCGGUCUGCUUACUGUGACUCUGUUCGCUCUAAGCUCGUUGGUGGUCGACUGUCGUGUAAGCAGUUUCAUCGUCUCGCUAAAGAACUCUCGCUGAGCACCAAAGCUAAGUCUUGCGCUAUUCCCUCUUUGGAACUGAGCCCUGGUGUUCUCACUACUGAAGAUGCGGCUAAAGCCGAAGCGCUGGCGAAGCAUUUCAAAGAUGAUACUUCCCCCGUGUCCGCCCCCUUCAAACUUGGUGAUAGGAUCGCUGACGCACAAUCCAUCACAACCUUACGUGUUGACCCUUGUGAUGUUAGGAGUGUUCUUGAACGACUGAAUGUCUCUAAAGCUGCAGGCCCUUCUUGUAUCAGCCCUAGGGUUUAUCGUGAAGUAGCUGGUGUUCUAGCCCUCCCUCUCUCAAGACUCUACAACAACAUCCUCCAAAAGGGUUUAUGGCCAAGGGCUUGGAAGACCUCCAACAUUUGCCCCAUCUACAAGCGGAAAUCCAAGCGUGAUCUUCGCAACUACCGUCCAAUUGCUCUGCUUGAAAUCCCCUCGAGGAUUUUUGAGCGUAUCAUAGCUCAAAAGUUGGUUCACCAUGCCAUUACCAUGAACAUCCUCGCCCCUGACCAAGCCGCUUUCCUACCUGGCCGUUGCACUGGCGAU